CGCGUUUGAAGAGGAGCGAACGCGUAAAAUUAUUGCAUUGAAUUUCAUUAUAUCGGAUUUCACAUAACUUUCACAUUUAUAUAAAUUAUUAACGCACUGAACUUAUCACCCGGACAAUGUCCUAUUCAUAAUAUCUGGUCACUGGAAAACGACACUUGCGUUGUAUUGUAGUUGUAGUCGAGCAUACUCAGCAAAGGCGCGUAGCUUCAAAAAUGGAAGGCGCUGAAGAAUUUGGAGAAUGGAAUGAAAUGAAAAAGGAUUACACGAAUGCCGAAUUAAAUCAAUAUGUUUCAGAAACUGGCGGCAACUUAGACGAUGGCUUUCAGCCAAACCUUAAUAAAAAAGUGGCUCCUUAUUUGGUAUUUAAAAAUGUGCCUAAAGAGAUGACGAAGUUGGGUUUGAUCAACAUUUGUUCGAAAUAUGGUGUUGUAAAAGGCGUCAGAUGUUACAAUAAAACCAAUUGGUACUUUGUAGACUUUGCCACUGUAGCAGAUGCGGAAGCAGUUUGCCGAAAUCUCGAGUGCAGUGAUUAUGGUUUUCAGGUUGUUGUCGGCAAAAAGAAAGAUAAGACAAUAGCUCAGAUACCUGUAGAAGAUAAACCUCCAUUAUCUACUCGGACCUCUUACAUUGAUCAAUUGAAUCGUACUUACCGCAUAUCUGAGAAGCUGCAUCCUCGGUCUCACUUUCAGCCCUCUCAACUUUUGGUAGAUAGCAAUUUGCAAACUGGAUUUAUAUUCAAUGAUGAUGCACAUGCUUUGGAGAGGCAAGGUCUCAAGAAUAAGAAGAGCCAAACAAACAAAAAUAUUGAAUAUUACACUGGAAGGGCAUAUAUGUGCAUGCCGGAUCAAAUAAGAAAUUUUGUAGAAAAUAAGAGCAAGAAAUCUUUGGGAAUUUACUGCGAAACAAGUGAGACAUAUUCUAAUUCAGAAUUCGUGGAAAAGACACCACCAUCUAGGAUUAACAAAUGCACUUUGUGUAAACUUGAUUGUGAUGCGGUUUGUACGCGUUGUCGCGCGUAUUAUUGUAGCGUACAAUGCCAGAAAAAAGAUUGGGACAAGCAUCGUCGCAUUUGCGGAAGACCGAAAUUAUUGCAAGUGAGAAGAACCAUAGAAGCUGGUGACAAUAAUCAAAACUGUACAAUGUUGAAGGAAAAUAUUGAAGAACAGGAAAAAUAUGACGUCUGUGAGAUAACUAAGAAUAUACCACAGAGUGACAAUGUUGUGACUAUAACAACCAUUGCGAAAACCAAUGUAGUUUUCAUACGCUCAAAAGUUAGCGAUGAUAUUGAAAAUUUUUUCAAAACUGUUAACCAUUUACAAAAAUUGAGCAAAACUCUAAAGACCGUCACUAAAAGACCGCGGUGUGGUGAAAUUCUUAUUAAUAAAUUUUAUGAUGAGUUCUGUCGCGUCAUGGUAUUAAAUCACAUUGGAGCUGAAGACGUUGUUGUCGUGUACGUUGAUUACGGGAAUGUGGACAUAUUGAGCUUUAAACAUUUAUACGAAACUCCUGAAGAUUACAUUCGGAUACCUUUUCAUGCCAUACCAGUUAUUCUAAAAGAAGUUCCCGAUUGUUAUAUGACGGAAGAAAUACGCAAUUUCAUGUAUUCUUAUUUAAAUGACAUUAAUGUUUGCCUAAAGUAUGAACCAGAAGAUUUCAUUUCCGAUAAGGGUGUUUAUAUGGUUGAAAUAAUCGACGAACGCAACCAGCAAAAUUUCAAUAAAUCCAUCAAGAAAUUGGCGAUCCCGCGGGAACCGGUUAAUUCUAAUGAAAUUUGCACCAAAGAUUAUGUACAACAUGUACCGUUACCCAGUGGCGACAAUAUUGAAUUGGUGGUAAUGGAUAAUUCAUUAAUGCAUAUCGCCCUCAUUUCCUGUACGCUAAAACUUUAUGCUUUGGAAAUACAAAAAUUCAAUCGAGAUUUGCAAAAAUAUGCACAAAAUUCAUCCACUACCUGCUAUGCACCGCGAAUUAACGAAUUAUGCAUAGCCAAGUAUAGCGUCGAUGGCAAAUGGUAUCGGGGUUGUUGUUUAGAACUUGUUGGAGAUGGUCAUCCCACAAUAAUGUUUAUUGAUUACGGUAAUAUUGCAUACGUAGGAAUAAAUAAUAUACGUCCGUAUCCUGUACAAUUCACAUUUCCUAUCUAUACGUCUGAUUGUGAAAUUGAAGGUCUUCCAGAAAAAUGCGACGAAAAGCUUGUAAAGAAAUUGGAGGAGUUUAUACCCAAUGGGACUGCCAUUAAAUGCGGACAGGUGAAGCCAUAUGAAUCAGAUAGUUUUCAUAUACUGUCUUUGCCUCACAUCAUAAGCAAGUUAAAUUCAUUAGGAUUAUUACAAAACGCGAAUGAGAGCUAAUUUUUUAUAAAAUAUAGAAGAACACAUUGUUUUAACUUUGA